GGGUUUCCAUUUCAAACCCAAACAGACCGACAGACACCAGCAACGGAUUGUGGGAUAAACGAUACAACUACACAGCUGCAGACUGCAACCUUAAUCAGACACUAACCCAGAGAGAGGAGGUAGCUCUGUCUCUCUCUCUCUCUGUGACUGUGUGUGUGCUGAUUUCGCCACAAGCUUCACAAGAAUCCAGUAUUUUCAUUUUCGGCGCCGGGUUAAUUUGGAUGCCUUGGUUUUAUUUGUUGCAUGUGUUGAUCAACCCGGAUACAGCACCAUAAGUUAGCCACUUCUGCCAGAGAGAAACAUGCCCAGAUCCAACAGGCAAAGGGAAUACAAACCCGGAGACCUUGUGUUUGCUAAAAUGAAGGGGUAUCCACACUGGCCAGCGAGGAUUGACGAGUUACCUGAAGGAGCUGUGAAGUCCCCCUCUAACAAGUACCAAGUGUUCUUCUUUGGGACACAUGAGACGGCAUUCCUAGGGGCCAAGGAUUUGUUCCCGUACGAUGAAUGCAAGGAGAAGUUUGGAAAAGCGAACAAGAGGAAAGGCUUCGCCGAGGGACUCUGGGAGAUCGAAAACAACCCGACUGUCACGCAUGAAGGCUACGAGUCAUCAAAGAAGGACAACGCAUCAGAAGGAGCUGGAGAUACAGCUAGUUCGGAGAAAGCAGAUGCCGAGGGCAGCAGCGAUGAGGAUGAGGGAGCCCUGGUCAUCGACGAGAAGAACGAGAGAGGAGGAACUAAACGUAAAGCGGAGGAGUCCACAGAGGCAUCUCCCAAACGGCCGAAGGAUACAGAGGCAGAGGGCGAUUCUAAAGUAGACAGCGUCAAGUCUAACACGGAGGAAAAGCUCAAUGAUGUGGCUGGACCCAAGGCGACUGCUCCCUCCUCACAGGGCGAGUCGAAACCGGAGGCCCAGGAAAACGCUGCAGCAGGGGGGCAGCUAACAGCAGAUAAGCCGGUGACAGACAGCGCUUAACGUCAACUCAGAAGAAAACCAAGAACCUUUCGAUGCUUCUGUGGAAUUGAAGCGUCAACACGAUUACAUGCAGGAUGCCAGAUUUCAGCUGUUUAAUUAAUAGGAGAAUUUUAAAAGAAAAACCUAAGUGUUUGUAUUGAGAGACAAACAAAUCCUUAUUUGCCAUUUUGGGAUAUCAUAUAUCCCAGAAAGAAAAAAAAGUUUGCUAAUCUGAUUUCAAACAAUUGAACUGAGCACUUUGAGGCUCGUUUAUAAAUGGAUUUUGGUGUGUAUAUAUUUUUUAUUUCUAAGUGCAAUUACAUAAUUACAAAGACUGAAUGCUAGGUGUCAAAACAUUUUUUUUUCAGUUUAGAGGGAAUAAACACUGAAUAUAUGAUAAAUAAAAGGAAAACAUUUAAAAAAUAAUAAUAUUUGACAAAUACUCCCAUUUGAUGGUUUUAAAAAAGUAGAUAUUGUACAGGAAAAAAAGACAUUUUCACUCAUGCUCUCAGCUUUAAUUCUUACAGUAUAUGAAACAUUUUACUUUGAUUAGUUUCGCCUAGCUUCUCAGCCUCAUCUUAAAUCAUAUAUUCAGUCAUCGGAUACAUGAUGAGUUGCACUUUCAGAGUUUUUCCUGCCCCGUUAAUCAUUGUCUAGUUCACUGUAUGACAUUUUAACGCAACACAGGUUUUGUUGCUUCGGUGUAGUGUGUGUGUGUGCGUGCGCGCGCGCGUGUGUGUGUGCGCGCAUGUGCUUCAAUGCAGGUGACAAAAAUGACGUGAUUAAUUUCACCGGAUUCCAAAAUGUGGCCUACUUUGGCUUUUGAAUAAACCCCGUUUUGAGAGGAACUAUUUUAGGAUUGAAAAAGAUACUUUAGUUGGUAAACCCCUCUCUGUAUGUUCCAGAAAAUCUCUCAUUAAGACUACGACAUGCAUUAUUGAAAGCAGAAAGACAUUCCUGAAUGUUGUGUGUUCGAGCUCGGCCUCGUUUUUAAGUCGAGGUGGAGCUGAGGCAUUAGCGUGUGUGGGGGAGGAAAGGAGAGGUUAUUCAUCACUUCUUUUUUUUUUUCUGGAAAAAUUAUCGGCAAACUUUCAAAUCCAUCAACUCUCAAAUUUCUGUUAUAAUUUCAUAUUUAGCUCAUUAAUUCUGCCGUUGCUUGAUGCUGGUGACGUACUUGUGAAGAACAUUUGAUUGCAUUGCGUUCAGUAAUUGUUUGUACCAAAUAUGUUUUUCUCUUUUUUGCUCACAUGUAUCGCUGACAUUGUUAAUGCCUACAUUUUGAAAGAAAACGAAAUGAGAAGAAUCUACUGAGCGCACCAUUUGUAACACUUUGAUUUCUGACUUCUUUUUUUUGUUUUGUUUCCGACCCUCUUAACUGGAAUACGAGUGUGUUUUACUUCAGUGGUCUUAUUAUUUCGGCUGUGAAGCACAGUUGUGAUGUUUUAAAGAAGUGUUUUAUUCAAUUUGUUUAGACAACAUGUUCAAUAUGUGAUGAUGUUAUUUUCCAUUAUUGGUAGUUUUUUGGUGCAAACUCAUCCCAUGGUUCAAGUCUUCUUUUUUUUGUUAAAUGCUUGGCCUGCUCAUCAUGUUGAUGUUAUUCGCUUUAUUGUUCUUUCUUGUAUUUGGCAACAUGAAUCCACAUUUUAACCAAACUACAAACUUAAGGGAAAACUCAGCUGUUAAAAAGUGAUAAAGAUGGUUUACACACGACUUUUAACACCCACCCUUCACCGCUCCACCGAUUUCCGAAAGAUUAAAUGGUCACAGCGCCCCACUCAGAUCUGAAGUUCAUUGCACAGGAAUAAUUUGGUAUUGAAGUGUAAUUUCUUGGUUUAGCUUUCUCUGUUACUUUCGGAAGCUGCCAUUCAUCUUAAUCUGCUGCUUAGUUUACUAUUGUAGUUGCCAGUCCAUUUAAUAAACAUGUUGA